AUGUUACUACGGAAAAUAAUUACAUCUGUCAAAGGCCUAGAGGAUCCCGAAUAUCCUCUAUUGGGCCCUAAUCUGACGGGGCUUUAUUGGUUUGGCCUCUGGCAAUGUGGAAAUAAAUUUCGAGACGGCCUCUUCAAUUUUUUACAUGUCUGCUCCCUACUUUUUGUCGUUACCGAAUUUAUCGAACUUUACUAUAUGAGGAACGACUUGAUGAAAGUGCUUUUCAAUAUUUCCGUGACCGCAUUGAGUCUCGUGUCAAUAAGUAAAACGGUAUUUUUCGUUCUAUACCUUCCGUAUUGGAGGGAACUUGUUAAAAAUAUCUCAAAGGAAGAAAACGCUGCAUUGAAAAGCGAAGAUCCGGUAACAAAAGAACUAAUGCGAAAUUACACCGUUUAUUCGAGAGGAAUAACGGGUUCGUUUUGGGCAGUGAUUCUACUGACAAAUAUAGUGACGAUAACGGCGCCAUUUUUAAAGUAUGCUACGGUACCAAUUUACCGUGAAAUGAUAAGAAAUGGCACCGAACCGUAUCCACAGAUUCUAAGCUCUUGGUUUCCUUUCGAUAAAACCAAAAUUCCCGGGUAUUUUGUGGCUGUAGCGGUCCACAUAAUAAUGACUACUCAAGGAGCCGGUGUUGUCGCGGUCUAUGAUGCGAAUGCUGUUGCUAUUAUGUCCUUUCUGAAGGGCCAAAUGAUGAUCUUGCGAUAUAAAUCCCAACGGAUUUUCGGUGCAUCGAAUGAAAUUCCACGAGGCGAAGUUUUAGCUAACAUCAAAGAGUGUCAUCGUUUGCAUAACUUUUUCCUAGAACAAUACAGCACAUUCAAUUCUAUAAUUUCACCAGUAAUGUUCAUCUAUGUACUGGUUUGUUCAAUUAUGAUUUGUUGCAGUGUUGUGCAGCUUAACAUGGGGGAAGUAACUAUGUCUCAAAAACUAUGGGUAAUUGAAUUUACGACGGCUUUAGCUGUUCAACUCUUUCUUUAUUGUUGGCAUAGUAAUGAAAUUGCCUAUGAGAGUCAAGGGGUCGACCAAGGUGUUUACAGUAGCAACUGGUGGCGAGCCGACGUUCAAGUCCGCAGGCAAGUAUUAUUGCUUGCAGGCAAGUUGUCGCCUUCCUUUAUACUAAAAGCGGGGCCCUUCACGAAUUUUUCCAUGGCCACGUUUAUUGACAUUCUAAAAGGCUCUUACAGUUUUUAUACUUUAUUCACACAAAUGCACGAAAACAAGGAAUGA